AUGUCGGAACAGCAAACCAACAGCGCUGCGGCACCUGCCGCUGCUGCUGCUGCUGUUGCUGUCAAGCCAGAUGCGACUCUCCCCACCACAACCACUACUCCGGCCGCUACUAUCACUACCCCAGCUGUUCAAGAUGGGAAGAAAGCAGUAACAGUUGAAGAUGUCGCCGAUGACGACGACGACGUCCCCGACCCGGAUGAAGACGACCUGGAUGAUCUGGACGACAUGCUCGAGGAAUUCAACGCCGUCAAACUUGGACCCCCCUCCAAGCCCCCAGCAGCCGCCCCAUCCCUAGGCCCAGAACGCCCCCCGGCCAGUGGUGACGGUGGUGACCUCCCCCUGGACGAAGAUGAAUUCGCCCGCCAGCUCCAAGCAGGCAUGGCCGACCUUCUAGGUGAAAUCGAGUCCUCCCCCGAGAUGCAAGCCCAGUUCGAGUCCAUCUUCAAGGAGCUCGGCGCCGCUGCCUCCGCCGCUGCCUCCCCAGAUCCCAAAUCCCCCUCAGCAGGAGCUGCUGCUGCUGCUGCCCCAACUCCCCCCGUUGUCCCCCCCCCUAAUAUCCGCCCCCCAUCUAGCAGCGGCAGCGGUGCCGGCGGUGCUGAAGCCUCCUUUCAAGAAACCAUCCGUCGCACCAUGGAGCGGAUGCAAACUUCGGGGGAGCAAGCUACUGCUGCUGCCGCCGCGGAGGGAUCAGACGACUUCCUUGCGGAGCUCCUCAAGCAAAUGCAGGCUGGCGGUGGCGGGCUGGGUGAUCUCGGUGGGGAGGGGAGUGAAGAGGAGUUUUCCAAGAUGCUCCUAGGUAUGAUGGAGCAGCUCACCAACAAGGAGAUCCUCUACGAGCCGAUGAAGGAGCUGCACGACAAGUUCCCCGAAUGGCUGGAGAAGAAUCGCGACAAGACGUCGGCCGAAGAUCUCAAACGAUAUGAGGAGCAGCAGGGGCUUGUGGCGGAAAUUGUGGGCAAGUUUGAGGAGGCGGGGUACAGUGAUGAGAAGCCGGCGGAUAGGGAGUAUAUUGUUGAUCGGAUGCAAAAGAUGCAAGCAAGUGGUCAGCCGCCAGCGGAUUUGGUGGGGGAUAUGCCCUCUACGCAAGACGCGCUCGCCAUGCCAGAUGAGGGGUGUGCUCCUCAGUAGAGGUUGGGAAACGAUACUAUCAUAGAUGGUUGAUUUUCAGUUUGUCAUGUUCGACCAUUUGAAAGAGAGCGAGAUUUGUUGUCUUUAUAACUGUUGAGCUUGUUAGAUAUCUAGCGCUGGGCACACAUGUUUGUUUUAGUUCAUCACCGAAACCCACGGAUUGUACACAAGUAUACAACAGAACAGAAUUAUGAUUCGCAAAGCUCCC